UUGAGUUUUAAUCCUUUUUUUUCGAGGGUGUUGAUCGAACGGGAACGGGAAGGAACAGUUCGGAAGGAUUCCUGUGGAAAGGAUUAUCAAGUUCGCUUUGAAGAUCAGAACUGAAGUUCAAGGAUUGCCGCCGCCAGUGAAUCAAUUAGUGACAGUAAAAGAAGCCUCUAACAUGGCGAAACAGAGUGACUGUUCAGUGUCGAAAUCAUUAGAUUUCAACUAAAUCGGUGGAACCCUCCUGAAGGGGGUGGCAAGUUAUAGGAACACACCACGUACAGCCAGGAGAUCGGUCGCGAGGUGCUCGCCGUGUGAUCGAGUGGGAAAAGAAGUUAGCUGACGGUUCGAUCCAACGGCUCGGUGUGCUUUGUGCUCAUAUUCAUAUCAACAUUCAGUGGUGAAGCACUAGGGCUCCCUCAAAGUAGCAUUUGCGGUGCGGUGUGCGAUUGGUUUGAUUAGUGAAAAGUGUUUGUUUAGUGGUUUGAAAGGAAAGCAGGAGAUUAUUACUUUGGAGCAGGAGUAGUAGCAGUUAUACAACGCAUAGAUUGGAUAGAAGGAUGAGAUUCCAGAGAACGGUGUUGUUGGUGGCCGGAGUUGCCGUACUCCUGGCAUGUUCCACCGAGGCGCAACAGCAGCGACGACUGCGGGUACGUCCACGAGUAUUGCAACAACAGCCGGAGGAGCAGAACAGUGCCGAACUGAACAGUGCUGAAGAGCAGGAUAACCGGCCGCAGCAAGCCGUACAGUACUACCGCGCACAACCCCGGGAAGACGAAGACCCACGGCAACUCGUUCUAGUGGCUAGCGAAGAAGACUACAACGGACAGUAUGGAGCGCCAACUCAACGGGCACGUGCCGACUCUUACCGACCAGCAGUAAAGGUCACAACCGCUGCUCCGAUUUCCGCUCGUCAGAAGGUCCCAGAGGCCAGAGCCCCACCAGUACAGACCAUCCGCAACUACAACAAAGUCAACGAUGAUGGAUCAUUUACCUUCGGUUACGAAGCUGCCGAUGGUUCGUUCAAGGAAGAAACCCGCGGAACCGAUUGCGUCGUCCGAGGCAAGUACGGUUAUGUCGACCCAGACGGUAACAAACGUGAGUUCACCUACGUGUCUGGAAACCCAUGUGACCCCAACAACCCAGAAGGCAGCGAAGAAGAAGAAGAAAAAUCCGAGGAAGAAUCCAACGAGAACAUCCCACAGAACUACCCCAGAAGACCAGUUGCUCCUCGUCCACGCCCUGCCCAAGCUCCAACCACUCCUCGUCCAACGACCACCGUCUUCCAAAACAACUACAACUCUGGCUACAACCAGGAAGAGUCCGAAGAGGAGGUCCAAAUCGGUCAACGUGCCCGCCCAGCUGCCCGUCCAUUCGCUAACCAACAGCCACAAACCGUUACCCAGCGCCCACGAGUUCAGAUUGUCAGCACUACUCCCAAUACCAUCUACCACACGCCCACCCAAUCCGUUCCUGUGAACAUCACUCCAAAACCAAUCUACAGACUGCCCGCCCAGAACACCCUGCAGACGCAGCCUCCCCCAACGACCUACCGCCCAGACACUACCACUGCCAACGGAUUCUUCACCACCACCAAAGCCAACACCCUCCUCGGAGGUACCCGUCAACCACUGGACUUCGACGCCGAAUUCAAGAAAUUCCAACACGAGAACAAGGUCGCAUCGACAACUCCGUCCAAGCCAUUCUCGUCAUCGACCCCGAAACAACCUACCGGCAACCCCAUCUACCAGACCCAGCUCGUAUACGACCCACAGACCGGACAGUACGACACCGCCCUGUACCAACAGCUGCCUCAGAGCGACGGUGACUUCCAGCUGAAUCACCGCAUCCAGCCGUACGUCCACAACCCAGUCCAGCAACAGCAGCCCCAGCUAGUUUCCCUGGAUCACCUCCAACAGCAGAGCCCUCUCUACCGACAACAACCCCAACCCGCUCCAGCCCAGGUCCAAAUCCCUCAACAGCUCUACCAGAAGCAGCAGAACGAGCUGCAGUUCAUCAACAGCCAGCAGCUGUUCGCCCAGCAGCUUGAACUCCAACAGAACCAGCUGCGCAACGACCGGUUGGAAGCCGCCAAGAAGGGCAACCCACCCCAGCAGCACCGCUUCCAGGCGUCUUCUCCUCAGGUCCACCGCGUCCCGCAACCUCAGCAGUACUACUACAUCCAGCCCCAACAAGGCCACGCCAGCGGACAAAUCGAUGCCUUCCUGAGGGGACACAACAUUCAGUACUAAGUCCUCCCGAAACUUCCCACACCCCCGCAGAUCCCCACACAUCCUCAAUCCACCACUCAUACACACAUUAGCUAGAGAGUUUUGUGUUUUGUCUAGUUGUUUAGUCUGCGAAGCGAAGCCAUCUAUUAUUUUUGUGUCGUGUUAAGGUUUAAUUUAAAUGCUGAGUUUCUGUUCUAUUCCCCAAACCUCUCUUCUCAAAACCCCCCGAAUCCCAAUACAUCCCGUUCCCACUUUCUUCCAAGGAAAAAACAUCGAUAUAAGACUUUAAACUAUUUAACCUGUUAAGUUGCCGGAAGCGUAGUGACAAAUCUAGGACUCAAACUGUUCUUAUUACUAAAGGUAAGGAAGGGUAGUCGUUCGCCGAACAAAAACGGAGCAAAAACGUUAUUUAGACCGUAGGUUAGUCGUGUACAUAAGAAGAUGACUCAAAUCAAAACUAUAUCGAACCUUUUUGGGAGCCAUUUGGAGAAAUCUAACGAACAUUAGAAGCCGCCGUCAACCGUCGAAAAAUUAAAAAAGAAAAACGGAAAAUAAACAAAAAUCGCAUGUUCCAGUUGUCCGACAGGUUGUCUUCUGUCGGUAUCUUAACUUGGAAUCGGAGCGAGCAGAGCUAUCGUAGAAUUCUGUAGUUUGACGGUGGAAUGGAACGAGCAGUGCGUGAUUUGCCAACCGACCGACCAAUGACCGGCGGGUACGCUCUCUCUCUGUUCUUUCUAACUCUACCAUAUACAUAUAUGUUGAUUAAAUUAGGUUUACACUGUGUAAUACGAGUACGACAACGAGUUCAAUGCCAAUAAAGAGAAGCAAAUAAAAACGUACUUAAAAUAAA